GUUCUCGUCCAUUUUGUUGCCAUAUCCGUUCCACAGUGGUUCGGCGCGUUGAAGAGCGUAGUUUAAUCAAAGUGCCUUUUAGUUAUUCAUCUCAUAUUUCUAUGUGCAUGCAGUGCAAUCGCAGUGAUCGUUUCGCGUGUAACUCGAUCAUUUAACGCGUAUAUUACAAAGCGUUUUAAAUCGUAUUAAGUGUGCGAAGAUGCUAGUGACGCUUGUGGUGGUUGCUAAGCUUUGAAAAGGCUUCCGCCACCUUCUAAGUACCUUCCGUAAAAUACGCGUGCCAGAUGCUGGACUUCCUUGUCGGCGGUCAUCGUUUUCGUGUUCGUUUCCUUGAUGCAUAGAUUGGGUAUCGACGAUUUAGCGCGGCAGCAGUCGACCACAAGUGAUCUCUUACAAUUCAAACAACCAGCCACAUAAUCACCCACUCUACGAAGCUUCGGAAGUGCGCAGACGCAAUUGCGUUAAUGGUAAAUCUGUAAAGCGCGCAGUCCAGUUUUCUUUUUUUUUUGUUAGAACGCAGCGAGUGCGGGUGGUGCGCGUGAUUUAACGUCAACUUUUUUCGAAGUGAUUUUUCGAAUUGAUCUUUGGAGCGAUAUUUUUUGCAAAAAAAAGUGAAAAAAUGGUUGAAGUUCAAGCCCGCACCGUACUCUGGUAUCUGGCAUUUCUCGGAUUUGCCGUGAACUACAUGAUUCGCAUCAACUUGAAUAUAACCAUUGUGGAAAUGAUUGCCACCAAAGCGAAGCUAAUGUCAAUACAAGCAACUCCAGCUUCACCGUUGGCAAAUUUUACGCAAGAUAUUUUAGUCAAUAAUAGUUAUGUACAAUCAACCAACAACAGUAUUAAUGCAAAUUUCAGUAGCCACAGUGUAGCUGUAAUCGCGAAUAAUCAAAGUGCGGUGAUACGAUUGGCAAAGCAGCAGCGUUAUUCGUGGGAGAGGCAGUUGCUCGAUGCACUUGGAAUCACAUACGACGGUGAUGGCUUCGAUUGGAAUGAGUACCAGCAGGGUCUAGUGCUAGGCUCAUUUUACUGGGCACAUUGGGUUACCCAAAUUCCUGGUGGUGUCUUGGCCAAGAGAUAUGGCACAAAAUUGGUGUUCGGCUUGUCGAAUGCGGUCGGCUGUUGGAUAUGUUUCGCCAUACCGCUGGCGUCCUAUUGGAACUAUCAGGUGUUGAUAUGGCUGCGCAUACUACAAGGUCUUGUGACGGGCCUGUCGUGGCCAGCUAUGCAUCACAUGACCGCCAAGUGGAUACCACCAAAUGAGCGUAGUAAAUUUGUUACCGCAUACAUGGGCAGCUCCGUAGGUGUCGCUGCAUUCUAUCCUAUUUUCGGUUACAUAAUGCAUUGGACAUCGUGGGAAUGGGUUUAUCACACGUGCGGCAUAAUCGGCACAAUGUGGUGGCUAUGUUGGUUGUAUUAUGUGUACAACACACCAGCGGAGCAUCCACGUAUUAACAGCUCUGAACAGCGUUAUAUCGAAAAGUCUUUGGGCGCAUCGGUGAAUAAUGCGAAUCUUGGUCCGACACCUUGGCGUCGCAUACUCACCUCACGUGCUGUUUGGAUGAAUGUGAUCGCACAGUGGGGCGGCAUUUGGGGCCUCUUCACAAUGAUGACACAAGCGCCGACAUAUUUCCGCGUCGUACAUCAUUGGAACAUUCGAGCGACUGGCAUUCUCUCAGGCUUGCCGCAUUUAAUGCGUAUGCUCUUCGCUUUGGCUUUCUCAACGUUCGCUGACUUCUUAUUGCGUACGGAUAAAAUUAAGCGCACGAACUUGCGAAAAUUGGCAACAGCGAUUUGUUGCAUUCUGAAUGGCACGAUGGUGCUAUGCCUCGCCAUGUUCGGUUACAAUGCUCUGGCGGCGAUAGUUUUCCUCACUUUGGCUCUGAUGUUCCAUGGUGCCGUCUCAUCUGGACCGCUGGCGUCUAUUGUCGAUAUGUCACCUAACUAUGCGGGUAUAGUUUUGGGCAUUAGUGGCAUGAUUGGUGUGCUGCCUGGUUUCGUAUCAUCCUAUAUUGUGGGCAUAAUGACGCUGGGAAAUCAAACAUUUGAAGCUUGGAAGAAUGU